CAUCAAACGCUGAACAAAACCUUCAAUUAUUUUCACAAUGAUGACGAGCAAGUUUAAAGCGAACUAUUCCAGCAACGCAGAGGCUAAUCCCAAGAGUGGUUUUGAGACAGUAGUUCUUGCAAACUGCAUCCUCAAUGCACCUUUAAUGUUACUAUCAAUCAUUGGUAACGCUCUUCUGUUAGUCGCCAUAAUGAGGACGCCAUCAAUUCGUUCACCGUCUGUCAUUUUUCUCUGCAGUUUGGCUGUUUCAGAUCUUCUUGUGGGAUUGGUGGUACAACCAGCUUAUAUAGCAGAACAAAUAGUGAGAACUGUCCCAACACUACAAAAAGCAGUAGGAGCAAUGGGAUUUGUUGGGUGCGGUUUUACUAGUUUAGAUCUACAAGUUAUACGGACUUUCCCAGUCACUGUAGCAUUCAUGAACUCUUCCAUCAAUCCAUUUUUGUAUUGUUGGCGUAUGACCGAGCUCAGAACGGCAGUUUUAAAGACAGCGAAGCUUUUUUCUUGUAGGCAAACGGAUGAAAGAGUUCUAACCUUGAAUUAA